GGAGCCGGUGACAGCAGCUGACUGCUAGCAUUGAGCGCUGGCUGGGAGCUGGGAGUGGGCAUCAAGGAGAGCGAGAGCAGCCACGCACGGACAGACACCACGGGGCAUCCACCGCCUUUACAGCCACAGGAUACAGUGCUCCUACUCCAUAUUGUGUAUGCUGGCUGAGGUCACACGGAGGAUCUGCUUUUGAGACACUGCCAAAUCUGUUCUUACAGCCGUACCCAGGAGGUAACUCAGGUCACAAAUUUUCCUCCCUUGUCAGAAAAGGUAAUUUUAUUUUGGUUCAGGGACUGCUGCCUUUAGUUACUGUAGUGAGGCCAAAACUAAGGUAGCAGGCAAACAAGCUGACCGGCUCCAUGUUCAAUACAUUUUGACUGGGACCUUAUGGAGAAGACAUUAUCUUGAUGGUCCAUGCAAAACUCGUUGACUGUGAAUGAACGUGACUGCAGACAUUUCUAUCGUCAUUAUUAUGAUUGUUGUUAUCAUUAAAGGCCAUGGCCACAGCAUCAAGAGGAGCUCCCCCACAGCCACCGGCAGCUAAGAGUGUGAUAGUUUAUCGAAAUGGGGAUCCAUUCUUCACUGGCAGAAGGUUUCUCAUCAACAAACAAGUCUCCACCUUUGACACUUUCCUUAACCAGGUCACCAAGGGCAUUAAUGCCCCCUUUGGGGCAGUCAGGAACAUCUACACUUCUAAGGAGGGUCACAGAGUCUUUGAUCUGGAUGAACUAGAAAACGGAGCCAGCUAUGUGGCAUCAGGAGUGGAGAAGUUUAAACCCUUGGAUUAUUUACAAAUUACAACAAAGAAGCCACAGAAAAAGAUAAAUGAGAUGAUUCGACCAGUUGUUCACAGCCGAAUUAUCGUUUCUGCACGAUGGAAGAAGUACAACUAUGAACCAUGUACCAUCAAUAUCUUUACCAAUGGCGACCUGCUGAUACCACCCGUGAGAUUACUUCUACCAAAACAUACAGUUCAAGACUGGAAUCGUGUCCUUGCCUUGAUUACGGACAAAGUCCAUUUGCGCACCGGAGCUACUCAGAGACUCUGCACAAUAGAUGGAAGGCCCUUACUCGGUGCAGCUGAAUUAGAAAAUAAUGAAUAUUAUGUGGCUGUUGGAUCAGAAAAAUUCAAGAAGCUGCCCUAUUAUCAAGUCCAGUCAAAGAAAAUUACAGUACGAGAGACUCAAGGAUUUCAUUCUGAUCUGCUUCCUCCAAUCAGAAGAGGUCGCAAGGCCAGAGGAAAGUUUGAGCUGCAUGACAUAUCCCAUGGUGAAUCAAGUGACUCUGGAUUUUUGUUCUCUCCCCAGCAGUCUGAAGGUGAUAGUUCCCAUUCUACGACAGAUGGACAAGUGCUUGUGGGAGCUCCGCAAAUGGUUCAAGGGCAGUCCAAAGACCUGGAAGCAAAACCAUCCAGGGAGAAAAAUUCAAUUUUUCGUGCAAAACCUAUGAAGGUCAAACACCACAAACAUUCGGCUGGUCCAUUGGCUGAAUACGAAGAUAAUGGUGUGUUUAAAGCUCAAGACGCUCAGAAAGAAACUCAAGAUGCUGCUGAGGUGAGGGAAGAUGCAGACAUGAGAGUGGAUCUACCGAUUGAUCAGAUCCCUGCUGAGGUUGUUCAUGAGGAAGAAAUACCACCUUAUGACAAUGAUACGUCCACAAAUAACCAUAAGGAAGACGAUGUGCUUCAUGGAAUGGAUGAUUACGGAAUAGUUAAGGAACAGUGGAAUGAUCCAAAUGGGUGGACAGGCGAUGAGGAUGGACUGGUUGUAAACACACCAGAAUACAGCAAAACUAAAGAGGAUGGACUGCCCAAUAAUACUGAUCGCAAUACCAGUACACUGGAGAAUUCAGAUGCACUACCCUCUGCAACAGAUGAACUUCAUAGUGAACAGGAGGAUCCAGGGCACAAAGUCUAUAACCCAGCCCAUGAUGAUGAGAUUGCAGAUGGUUAUAAGAAUACAAAAUGAGGACCAUGCACAUUGUUCCUGACCCUAAAUGAAUCAUAAGGAUUUAACACUGAAAAAAUGUAUUUGAAUGAAAAAAACGAAGAUAGAUCUUGAAGUGACAUCGUCAGCAGUGGUAGGCAGUCAUCCAGUGAAUCGAUCGAUAUGCUUUAGAUGAAGCUGCAGCUCUCAGAUGCUUAUGAAAAUUUUUAUUUUAAAUGUAUUCAUUUUUCAAAAAUCAAGCACACUUUGUGCACUCCCAAUGCAGCUUGUCUAAUAUAUUUGUUAGUAAUAUUUCAUUAUCGUAUAACAGCUGAGGAUAUUACUUUCACCAUGAAUUUUGUUGAUUACUCUUUUUGUAAUUUUCUAAUUAAUUAUUUCUGUUUUUGCAUAAUCAGCUGGCUAACUGUAAAAUAUAAUUGCAUUUGCAAGAAAAUUACAGUCUCAGGCGAUGAAUUAAAUUGAUGAUUAUAUUCAGAAGAAUAAAGUAAUAACUUUCAACUAUUUAAUCAGUGUAACAUUCUUUGUCACAGUUUAAUGAAUUUUAUAAAUAAUGAGAAGGCUUUUGUUUUAUACUCCUGUGACUUAGGGGAUGGCAAUGAUGCAGACUAUUCAAAACAUGUUAGCACAGACAACUUACUAGCCAAGCAAACUUUAUGUCAGGUCUGAUCUGAAUAAUGGAGUCUUUCGAUAUGUUUAAUUUGUGUGUAACAUUAUGUUAGUUGUAAUUUGAUAAGAAUUCACAGAUCUAUUAAGUGUCUCAGAUCCUUGUGUGUUUAAUUUUUCUUUGGAUUAAAUGAGCAAACUCUGUGUUCUUCACAACAAAGUAAUAAAGGAGGUUUGGAAAUUG